CGCAAUUUAUUUAUUCGGAAAUGGAAAACAAUUUUUUUAAAUAAAUUACGAAAAUGAUCUUGGAGGACGAAAUCUCGAUAUAUUCGUCCUCCUGGCGAUUAAUGUUUUUAUCUUGAUCUAUUCUAUCUGCAUCAAAGAAAUUCUAAAUUAGAUAAAUAUAGAAACUGUUGCAAAAGAUUAAUGUGAAUCUUUUAAAAAAAACUAUGACUUCUCGUCGAAAAAUUUGUUGUUGCCCUUAUGUUCAUAAAUGUCAAAAAUUUUUUCCUAAAGAUAAAGCAUUGUCCAAAAGUCAAGAAGGAUAUGUAACAAAUGAUAAUUUCAUCCUCAUUGGUGCCAAAUAUAUAUUAGACUUAUAUCACAGUACACGUAAAAAUAUUCUUGCAGAUGACUUUUUGAGGUCUGUAGUAGUAUCAAUAACAUUAUUUGCAAUUGGUACACAGCUUACUAGAGAACUAUAUACUUCAAAACUUUCACCAAUUCUUCGUUGUAAUUAUAAUUUUAUUGAUACACUCUGUGUAACUAGUUUAUAACUUAUAUUAAUUUAAUUAUCUUACAAUCUGUAAUUAUUCUGUA